AUGGGGAACAUGGACGGGAAAGCCGUGGAGGAGCUGAGCACCACCGAGUGCCACCAGUGGUACAAGAAGUUCAUGACAGAGUGUCCUUCAGGCCAGCUCACCCUCUACGAGUUCAAGCAGUUUUUUGGCUUGAAGAACCUGAGUCCGGCGGCGAACAAAUACGUUGAGCAAAUGUUUGAGACGUUUGACUUUAAUAAGGAUGGCUACAUAGACUUCAUGGAAUACGUGGCAGCGCUGAGCCUGGUGCUGAAGGGGAAGGUGGACCAGAAGCUCAGGUGGUAUUUCAAGCUCUACGAUGUGGACGGCAAUGGCUGCAUCGACCGGGCUGAGCUGCUGAACAUCAUCAAAGCCAUCCGCUCCAUCAACCGCUGCAACGAGAAGAUGACGGCGGAGGAGUUCACGGACAUGGUGUUCAACAAAAUCGACAUCAAUGGAGACGGCGAGCUGUCCCUGGAGGAGUUCAUGGAGGGCGUGCAGAAGGACGAGAUGCUGCUGGACAUCCUCACCCGCAGCCUGGACCUGACCCACAUCGUCAGGCUGAUCCAGAACGACGGCAAGAACCCCCACGAGGCCGGGCAGGACGCCCAGGCUGCCCAGUAGCUCCCGGGACGCUUUCCCUUGGCCUCCCCUGGCACUGCCAGCCGGGAUCAGCCGCGGGGCUGCACUCCCCGCUGGCAGAGCUGUCCCCUCGGCGCAGGGACAGCGCUGUGACACCGCGGGCAGCGGGAGGACAGGCCUCGGCAGGGAGGCUGCAGAGCUGGGCUGUCCCACAUGGACCUGGCAUGGCCUCGGGGCCUCUGGACGCUGCUGCUGCCGAGCUCAGAGAGGGGACAGCCAGAGCUCCCUGGGCAGGGGAGCAGCACGAGGCUGUGCAGGCCAAGAACUCCCUGAGAACACCCCAAAACUGCCAUCGAGGCCUGGCCAACACCCCCCCAGCGGGGUCCAACAGGGGCUGCCCAGGACUGGGCCCCGGUGAGAGGGGUCCUGGAAAAGCAGAUCU